GGAAGUGAAAAAACGGACUCCAGGUUCUGGGAAGGUACUGCGGGUUAGGCGUACGGACCUGACAUGACGAGCUGUGCAAUAAAUAGAACCUGAAGGUUUCGACAGCACGGCAGACUGUUUUUCAGGGACUGCGGUAAUGAAACCAGAGCGUUUCAAGUAAUGAAGCGGAAAUACUCGGAUAACGACGUUCAAAUCCACCAUUUUUGGAAGGAAGGUGAGUAUUAAGAUUUAAGCCGUUCAGAAAAUCAGGUACCACCAAUCAAACCUUUAUAAUUUAUUUCCCCGUAUGAUAUGUGGGACUAAUGCAAGCACGUAUUGUUGUCCUAGACGGUGCAUUAUAAGGAAGCUACUGAUCGGAUAUGUCUGCCGCCGCAAUCUGAUACCCGAUCGCCAGGGAAGGAAAACUAAAGAGUUAAAGACGAACACCACAACGCCACAACUACCACCCUACAACCCGUCACCCUGCAACUAUACCGCUACACUCUGCUGCCACACCAGCACACAUUCUCGUCGCCUUACAGCCUCAUAUCUGGCACUGCACCCUGUACCCUCCCACCGUCCGCACCCCCAUAACCAUGCCCAACUUCCGACGACCAUUGACCUUACCCAACAAGCGUUGGUCAUUUGUUUACCGAUGAAACGGGAGGGCACUGCUCGUCUUAUUUGGGGUACACGGGAAAAUUGGGAGCGGCAAUACGCGAUCGAGUGGGAAGCCGCCCAGAAAGCCGAAGCCGACGCCGAACGCGAGCGAUCCAAGGCUACGAAGCGCGUUUGAUAUCACUUUCAGUGUCGAGGCAACGACAGCUGUAAAUGCGCACACCAGCAAGACUGAACGCCGACACAGCUUGAAAAGCGGCCGGAGCCUCAAAAACAAACCCUCUCUUCUCU